AUGCAAGAAGCUUUAAAGAUAUGCUUAUUGAUUCUAAUCUUGGAAAUGAUUGAUAUAUCAAGAGGAUCAGUUUGUCAUAGUUCAUUGCCGUAAAUCUAUCAAAAUAAUGAAUCUGAAAGGAGACUCAUCUAUACUGCGUUUAAUAAUGAAUUAGGAAAUGGUUACUUUUUUUCAUUGACUAAAGAAAACUAUCUAGUUUUAUUCAUUGUAUCAGAGCAUGGAAAGUAUGGGUUUGAUAUGAUGAUAAAAAAUUGGACUUCACAAGAUGUUUAUAAUGUAGUUAUCACUCAAAUUUUAUCUUCACAAUAAUGUACGUACUUUGGAGGUCAUUCAUUGAAUGCAAUUACUUACAAUACUGUUGACUUUCGUUAUCAAUUUUCUGUCAAAAUAGAUGUUGAUGGUACUUAUGCUGAAUCUGAAAUUUCACCUAUUUACGCAAGGAUUUGUACUGAGCAAGUAUACUUCAUGAUUGUUUAGAAUGGAAUCACAUAUUUUGCUUCUGCUCAACCUAAUUUUUCAAUUCCUUCAUCUUUGAAAAAUCUAACUCAGGAUUAACUCAAGUUGUAGGACUUAAGUACCUCUGAACGUUAGGAAGAGGCACCACCUCAAAUGCGGGGGAAAUAUCAGCUAAAUUAGUUAAUGAACUUGUAAUAGAAUUAAAGCUAUAUGCCUGCUAUUUAAAGUCAAGAUAAUCGCAAUUUUGAGAUAUUUGAUUGCACUGUUAGAUUUUUCAAAGAUGAAGGAACUGAAAAGCUAGGUUGA